AUUUGUUUGCAGUUUUUGAUACUCAGUUCCCGACGGAUUUGAAGUGCUGUCGGUCAUUACGGUUUUGAGAUUCGAAUGAGGCCGGGAGAGUAUGUUUUUUCCGGUUUUGAUAGAUGGGUGACAAUGUAAAAAUUAGAGCGGUAGGUAGUAAAAUCGGGGCGGUAUAUAGAAAUACCUUUAUAGGUUUUCAUAUUUAGGCUAGUUUCUUGUUUCAAUUUUAUGAUUUUAGUUUGGAAAGGAAGCCGUAAACGAGGUCGGUCUGAUUCGCCAGCAAGUUUCUUAAACCCUGAUAAAACCCCGAAAUUCAUUUCAGUUUCUUCAACGUCUGUCACUCUUCUUUCUCAAACCCUAACCAUGUACUCAUCAAUGCUCCUCCUCCACCGUUCCAAAACCCUAAUGGACCACCUCACAACCCGAAAGAUACUCACCCGCUUUAUGGGCGGAGGUCCACGAACUUUUCCGGGCGGUUUAAACAAAUGGCAAUGGAAACGCCUCCACGAGAGAAGAGCCAAAGAGAAAGAGAAAGGACUCCUUGAACAAGAGAAACAGCUUUACCAAGCCCGAAUCCGCUCCCAAAUCCGAUCCAAAAUCGCCGGAAAACCCGACCCUGAUUCGAACUCUUCUAAUUUCACCGCCAUGAGCCCUACAGACCACAUUAAAGCCUUAGCUGAUCGUUUUAUGAAAGCAGGAGCAGAAGAUUUGUGGAAUGAAGAUGACGGACCGUUAAAAGCUCAAUGGUCAGUACCAAAUCGACCGUCAGGAUCGAUUGGGAGUCGUCAGCUGUCAGGUUCGAUUAGUUCGCCGAUUGAUUUACGGAAAUUAAUGUUAGAGUCUAGAAAUCAAAACUUUGAAAGCUCGGGGAAUGAUUGUUAUAAGUAUACGAAAAGUAGGGAAUUCUCAGUGAAGUCGUUUAAUUCAGGGCAGAAACAGAGUAGUUUGGUUAUUGGGAGUGAUAGUUUGAAGAAAAGUAGGGAAACUUAUAAGAGACCAAGGAGAUUUAGGGGAAAUGAGAGUUCUUCUAGUGAAGAUGAUGAUUCUGAUAAUUACGGUUUUGAAUCCAACGACGAGAUGGUGAGGAAAGGGAGAAAUGUGAGGGGAAUUUUAGGGGGUAGAGCUGCUUUGCGAAAUCAUGAUGUGAAAACAACUAAAAGAGUGCCAUUGAAGGAUCUUGAAAGAGAGAUUGAUUACGAGAAGGAAGUAGAGUUGAUUAGACAAGAGCUUGGAAAAAGGAAAAAUAUGUUGGAUGCGAAUGAAGGAGAGAAGAGCGAGGCGGGUGAAGAGAAAUCAGUACUUAGUCAGAAAAGAUUUGAUGAAUGUGGUUUAUCUCCAUUUACUGUAAAGGCACUUACAGCUGCUGGAUAUGUUCAAAUGACUACAGUACAGGAGGCCACUCUUUCUAUUUGUCUUGAGGGCAAGGAUGCUAUGGUUAAAUCCAAAACUGGUACUGGAAAAAGUGCAGCAUUUUUGCUUCCUGCUAUUGAAACAGUUUUGAAAGCAAAAAAUAGCACUGUGAAGCCUCGUGUAUCUCCAAUUUACGUUCUUAUUCUCUGCCCCACUAGAGAACUAGCAAGCCAAAUAGCUGCAGAAGCCAAUGCUAUGCUGAAGUACCACGAUGGCAUAGGUGUACAAACGCUAGUUGGAGGUACACGUUUCAAAGAUGAUCAAAAACGCCUAGUAUCAGAUCCUUGUCAGAUGAUUGUUGCAACUCCUGGUCGGCUGCUGGAUCAUAUUGAGAAUAAAGGGGGUUUAUCAGUUCAUUUGAUGGGAUUAAAGAUGCUUAUACUUGAUGAAGCUGACCAUUUACUAGACCUGGGUUUCAGAAAAGACGUGGAAAAGAUUGUAGACUGCUUGCCCCGGAAGAGGCACUCAUUAAUGUUCUCGGCAACAAUUCCAAAAGAGGUUCGGCGAAUGUCUCAACUUGUAUUGAAUAAAGAGCAUGCUUUUAUUGAUACAGUGGGCAUGGGGUGUGUGGAAACUCCUGAAAAGGUUAAGCAGUCUUUCCUGGUCGUUCCGCAUGAAUUGCAUUUUCAAUUAGUGCACCAUCUCUUGAAGGAUCAUAUUCUGCAGACCCCUGAUUACAAGAUUAUUGUUUUCUGCACAACUGGGAUGGUGACAUCACUCAUAUACCAACUUCUUCGGGAACUAAAAAUGAACGUUAAGGAGAUACAUACUAGAAAGCCUCAAUUAUAUCGAACUCGUGUCUCUGAUGAAUUUAAGGAAUCGAAAAGAUCAAUACUUGUUACAUCUGAUGUUUCAGCUCGUGGGAUGAAUUAUCCUGAUGUUACAUUGGUCAUUCAGGUUGGUCUUCCUACUGAUCGAGAGCAAUACAUACAUCGUCUUGGAAGAACAGGACGUGUUGGCAAUGAAGGAGAAGGAAUUUUGCUGCUUGCACCAUGGGAAAAUUAUUUCCUGGAGGAGUUAGAAGAUCUGCCUCUCAAUGAAAUUCCCGUACCUAACAUAGAUCCAGAAGAUAGAUUUAAGGUGGAGCAUUCAAUGUCAAAGAUUGAUUCUAGUGUUAAAGAAGCCGCUUAUCAUGCUUGGCUAGGUUACUACAAUUCGAUCAGGAGAAUAGGAAGGGAUAAAACCACGCUUGUUGGUCUGGCCAGCACAUUUUGCGAGUCAAUAGGCUUGCAGAGGCCUCCUCCUAUAUUCAGAAAAACAGCACUAAAAAUGGGUUUGAAAGACAUCCCUGGUAUUCGCAUCAGAGCAUAACAUUUUACUGGGAGUAGAGGUCAACAGGCUUCUCAUUAGUGUGGUUGGGAUCAAAAGACACCAAGAAUGAGUGCCAACUGACCAGGUUCAAAUUUAAAUCAACUGAAACUAAUGUACAUAUUACACGUAUAUUCUACCUUUAACGGUCUUGAUGCUGUUAUGUCUUGCCAUCUUGAAGAAUUUCUGUGGCAUUAUAUUGCAUCUGGUGAAGGGCUCACAAACAUCCUGCAUCAGAUUAUGCAACUUUGUAUGUCCAUCUCCAUUGUUUUUGUGUUCAUGGUUCACUUGAUGGUCUUAAGCUGCAUCUAUGACAUAUACUGUUUAUUCAUUUUUGUGUGACGUGUGGAUAUUUGGAAAAUGGAAAUGCUAAAAUUUCUGUUGGAAAAAAUGCUGAACAUAUACCCUUAAAUCAACUCCUUACAUUUAAAUUAUUACUUUGAAGUCCUUAAAUACGAAACUGAUUAAACAAGUAAAAGCUUGGUACUCUGUUAAGUUGCAAAAGCUGAAAACGUAUUUCAUAUCAAAAGAUACCUAAAAUGAAAUAUGAAUAUGAACACAUUAAAAGAUAAAUAAAGCUACGUAUGGAAAAAUUAUCGUGUCAUAGAUGUCAUUGCUGACAUCUAAUAUAGUCUAGACGAAAAACUGAAAUAAUUUGCAAAACUCAAUUCGUUGAUACGUAAAAUAACAGUUGUUCCAGCUCUCUAAUAUUCGUCAAGUCGCAGCCAGCCCUGCGCCUAAAUUUGUUUCAAAUAUCUGUAAAGUUCUGUGUAUACCUUAAAUAAUAAGUUUGCUAGUACCAAUUCAGACGAGAAUUUGCUACAACCUAAAAUUGAGAAACACUAGCAUAGUGGCAUACUGCUACUGCAAUUUCUAACUAAUUUGAUAAAACGACCCUGUACUAAUUACUGCAUUGGAGUUGGACAUUGUGUUGGAAUGCAUGUUAAUGCACGUCUGCAUAAAUGUUCUUUUUUCUCAAGAAUUUACUAUUUUCCUGAGAAAAGAAGUUCUUGUUUCCAGCUUUUGCUGAAAUCAAGUGAACCAAAAUGAGACGAAAAAUAUUUAUUCUAAACUCAAGAGGAUUUCCGAUUGAAUGGAUUUCAGACUAUACAAACGCGCUGCUGUUUCAAGGAACUGGGCAAAUAUGAACUAUGAUAUACUUGUUAAGAUAUUCACCAUGGUAAGCACCAUGGACUUAAUUUUGAACAUUUCUCGUGUUUGUCCUUUAUGGCGUGCUGCAUGCUCCCAUCCAAGCUUUUGGCGUACACUCGAUUUGGCUAGAUUGAACUGCUCUUCUGAUUAUCCACAAGGUCUAGAUGCUUCCUUAGAUAAUCGGGCAAGCUUGAGGUUAAUGCAAUUAUUGAAUAGCGCAUUAAUCCUGAGUGGCAACAAUGUGACGCGCUUGAUAUUCCAUUUUCAGAUGUGCAUUAAGGACUCACACUUGACAUUUGCUGCUGAAAGGUGUCCCAGGCUCAAACAACUUGUUCUGCCAGCCUGGAAUCAAAUUUCCGAAAAUGGAUUUUGUGCAGCUAUCCAAAAGUUGACAGAGCUCGAGUCUCUGACUCUCCCAUGCAAUUAUUUCCCCGAAAACAUCUUGCAAACAAUUGGUGUAUACUGUACGAAGCUCACUGAACUCAAAGUCAUGUCCCCUUUCGAUCAUGAUUUUGCCAACACCUUGUUUAUUUAUCUCCCAAAGCUUAAGGUCUUGAGUUUGAGGUGCACCAUGGUUCACAAGGACGCCUUGAGACUCGCAUUUAUGCUCUUUGACGAUCUGAAGGUGUUAAAUAUUUCCCACAGCCUGCUCGUAGACCUCUUUCCAUACGAAAUUCCAACUAUGUUUAGAUUGGAGGAUGAUGCAUCAAUGGCCGAACAAGCAUCAAGACUUACAACAUUCCUCAGCUGUCAGAGUACUGCUUGCGUAAUGUGUCAGCGCGUUUAUAAUGAUGCAGGACGCCCAAAUUGGCAGGAAUACCAGGAAGGUCUUUGGCGCGAAGAUGAGGUGAGUUCAUUUUCCAUUUGAUGGAGUAUGUUUGAGAAUAUGAUAUCAUGUUUCGGAUAUCUCUAAGCAGGGUUAUCUCCUGUAACAAGACUUUAAAGUUGAAUAAAUAACUUUCUAUGGUGAAAGUUGAAUAAAUACAUUUUCUAUGCAGAACUUGGUCUCUUUUCAUUGCUA